GUUUCUUCUUCGCAACCUCCCCGUUUAGAAGCCAGGUCGAGAAAAACGUCAUCAUCAGGCGACAAAUGUGUUUCUGCUGCCUUAGCAAGCUGCUGUCGAACUGCAAGCCUCCUCUUCAGACACAGUCGGUAGCUGCUGUUUUUGAGACCAGAUGACGGCUUCCACUCGCAGGACGGUGUUGUCACUGUACAUGCGGGUGUUUCGCAUCGCCCGGACCUGGCAGACACAGAGUGGAGUUACAAGUGACACAGAGACUGAGAGGAAAUACAUACUUCAGGAGGCCCGUGCUCUGUUCAGACAGAACCAGCAGCUCACAGAUCAAGAAUCAAUAAAGAGGUGUAUUGAAGAAUGUGAAGCAAGGAUAGAAAUAGGUCUACAUUACAGGAACCCAUAUCCAAGGGCUACGUACCUACCACCACUGGGACUGGCAACUCAGAAAGGCAGGAAGCUGCGAACACAGCAGCGCCUGAGGAAGCAGGCCAAGCCAAUUUACUUACAGUCACAUGAUGAGACUUGAUGCUCGAUAUCCUCGCUCCUCGCCAAGAGUUCAAGUUACCAAGGACAGGAAACUAGAGUGCAGUCACAAGCUGAUCUCAUGGGCUGCGUUGUGGCAAGCACUCAAUGACGCAAGAACACCCGUCAUUCAGGAAAAUGCCAUUUUUCAUUGCCAUUUUUUAUUGCAAACUGUGUAACUGUUCCAACUGUAGCUGGAGAGCAGCUUCAGUUCAGCUCAGGAACCCUGUCAGUGUGGAGUGACCUGUAAUAUAAGAUCAAGUUGUAUAUUUUAUUUAUUUUUCUGUGUAAAAACUGUUGUAAUAAACACUUCAUAUUCUUUCCAUAUCAAAUAGAAUCAUAUAGAGAUAAAAGUUUAAAUUGUGUCAAAAACAAAUACAUAUUCAUUUCAACAAUGUUAUUAGCAAGUAAUUAAGCUGCUAAGAAACAAAUAAAGUUGUCUUAAAGUAAA